UUGGGAAGCGGUGCCGUCUUACUUCACUUAGUCGACAGGAACAACUUUGACCGCAAAGUCAGCCAUGCCCCAGAGAUACAUGCCAGUGAACACAUUGACACGGCUUUCAUGGCUGAUGUUUUAGAUAGCCAAGCACGCCAUUCCGUCUCCUGGCUGAUACACGCCCUGACCAUGCCAUCGAGCAAUUCACGAACGAGACUGAGCUUCUGUAAUCGGUCCUCGAAUUUGGUCCACCUUUGGUCCGAAGUGUACUUGAGCGCGUUGGAUAUUGACUUGAAUGAGUUCCCAGCUGUUGGAAAGUGGGCCGAUGAUAUCGGGAAGCGACCCGUUAUACAGAAAGAUGGAAGCUGUGCCUCACAGCCAUCGGUACGUGAAUAG